AUCAUCACCAAAUCGCCCAUUUUCAAUCAGUAAGACCUGCCUAAAUAGACGGUAGUUGAUGGAGAGAAGUACCUUGGUGCUACGGCAUCAAAUUCUUAUUUUCACUUUAGAAAAGUAAAAGCUCUCCAAUUCCGAGAGAAGGGGAGGAGGGCCGAUCAUGUCCGAAGCCGGAGGCCUGUGCCGCUGGUGCGUGGGGUGCCAGCUCACCAUGGGCUUCAUCGCCCUCUUCCUCUGGCUCUCCUACCGCCCCAUCAAACCCCGCUUCUACGUCACCUCCUUCUCCCUCGCCGCCGGCGCCAACUCCACCGCCUUAAAGCUCCUCCCCGGUGACCCAAUCGCCUCCUUCGUCCUCGAGAUCGAGAACAAGAACAAGGAGAUGGGCAUCUACCACGACCCCCUUAACAUCUCCCUCUCCUUCUUACCCAACUCCUCCUCCGCCGCCGGCGCCGCCCUCAUCCCCGCCUUCUACCAGGGCCACCAGAAGACCGCCGACAAGUCCGGCACCUUCUCCGGCCCUGGUUUCCCGGUGGCGAGGGCCCCCUGGGCGGCGGCAGUCACCAACGGGACCGCCGUCUUCCGGGUCGGGUUGGAGUCUGCUUUUCGGUACAAGGUCUUCGGGCGGAAGACCCGCCACCACUCGGUGCGCCUGGCCGGUGAUGUGCAGGUCGAUGCCGCAGGUAAGAAGACCGCGAAGAAGGGGAUCCGCCUUAGUUCCGCUGUUCCGCUGGUCCUCUCUUCCCGCUCAAUCAUGGUCCUCGGCGGCUCUGCUGUAUAUAUUUUACUCACAUAUUGAUAUUGAAUUUGAUUGAUGCAAGAACGGACGGACGAGAUUUAAUCACUGUGUGAUGAGGAUAUCGUGGACUAGAGUUUCUGAUCUGGUAUAUAAUACCAGCAGUUGAAGACAAACCCUUGGCUGUCUGAGCACUACAUAAUUCCCCUUAAUCUAUCUUUUUUUUUUUUCGGCUUCGUGUUUUUAUGUUUAUCUGGUUUUUGACAAUAUUUUUGUUAAAUUACAUUCCAAUAUUGUUUUUUUCUUAUAUGUGGUAAAUGAAUCUUUUUCUAUUGAAAUAAUGUCAGUAGUUAAUAGUACAAGUAUAUACCAUGUUAGCCUGCUCGUAAUCGUGGUUGAUAGGGAAGAUUUGUGAACGCGUCCAUUACCAAUUCUAGUGGAUGGCAAUAGUUCCUCUAAGCAUAAUGGCUCGGGCGCUAGAUUAAAUUUAUGUGGCUAUCCUGGUCUCUGGCUUGAUUUAUAUGGGUGCCAUUCGAUCCUGAAAACACCACAUAUAGUUCUUCCUUCCUUUUUAUUUUGAAGCUGCAGCAGAAAUAAAUUUAGUAAAUUUUUAUUAUCUUGUAAAAUGAAGUUCCAUAGGAUGUCUAUUGGUUGGAGAACCAGCUAGACUGGAGGGGAUCCGAGCUCUUAUGCAUGAUCUCUCUGUUUACUGCCGAUAAAAGGAAGAAAUUCUAAGAUUCUGUCUUGGGAAUGUUGGAAAAAAAAAAAGGAAAAAGCUUUUAGGAAAUUGUUUUGCGGGAUUGCCCAAUUUAAUUGUGUUCUAUUUUCGUUAGAUUCUGUUUCAUUUAUAAUUGUAGACUUGUAGAUAUCCAUUUCGUUUGUUGAACUUUUUCAUUUUUAAUUCCCAAUCACAUUUUAUUCCGAGGUCCAGAUUUUAAAACUUUUCAUUAUCUACUUGUCGUCUUGAUUCAGGUACUUGGAAAUGGGUGAUCUACUAACGAUCAUGAAGGAAAUUUGUCAACUUGCGUGUUUGUUGUACGGACAUUUUUCUUUUUCUUUUCUUUUUUUUUUCCUUCCUUCACUAAAGGGAAAGGGUUUUUAAAAUUCUUUAAGGUGUUUCACUAUCUAAUUUCAUGUACUGUGUUGCCGAAAUUUUUACAAUUUGCUCUUUAAUUCGCAUCAUGGAUGCCACUAACAAUUUGCAUACGAGUUCCAGACUAUGGGUGUAUGGAUGUGUGUAUAUAUGUCUAUUGGUUGCAAAAGGGUACAACCAUGCAGCAAAUUACAAUCCAAGAAAACCAAAUCCUUGAGCAUUCGCUACGAGCCUACGACCUUAGCAGCAACAGUAGCCCAAGUGAGUACUCACAUUUUGAUUAAGUUUUAUUCUUAGUUUACUACCUCGGAUAAAGCAUGAGAAGGAGAAGGGGGCUUGGGGUAUGGAGAGCAGAAGGGGCGUUUACGGCCAGCAAGUUUACCUACCAUUGGAGUUUUGCCGCCACCUAAUCGAACUCGGGCACUGCCCUGAUGAACUUGGGGCAGGCUGUUCCGAGUCAUGCGCCACUAAUAAGCCAGGCUAAAAGACUGGGCCUCAUAUGGGCUAUUCUAGCUGGUCAAUUGACCAAGCUGGGCCAGGCCACACAGCCAUCAUAAGUGGCAAUUGCUCCAAGAAAAAGGUCAUUAUAAAAAAACAAACAUCAUCAUCACGCUCUCAUGUGCCUGCUAAAGGCCAGAAGGCCUGCGUUCAACUUAUCAUAUAUUAUUUUAAAGUAAUGUUCCGUGUGUGCAUCCUGUUCAAACCCAUCUUGUUUGUUGCAAUGUUAUCUGGACACUUGCAUCU